UGUCAUGGCGGUGGCGAGCUGAAGCUACCGGGGUGAAUCAGGAAGAGAAUGCGGCGCAGCUGGGUUAACGGUGACAUUUAAGCAAGUCUGAGGAGUUUGCCGGGGCUGACCGAGCGGACGUCCGUCCUCUGUUGACUUCCACCGGGGCUGCUGACGGACUUGCCCCCCUUUCCCUGUGAGUUUUUGCCUCUGCCAGGCGCGCUACCUGUCAAGUGUCCGUUGACUCACUGACAAUAGCAACUUCCAGCGCUGUACGGAGGUAUUAUAAGUCAACGUAUCCUCGUUUGCCUUUUGACCGAGCAGAGGAGAAAACGGGUUUAGGACUAGCCCUCAUUGUCCUUCUUCACUGCUUGUUACCUGCAGCUUACUUCCUAACGGUUUUUAACAACAUUAAUCCAUCUGUCUGCUAUCAAGUUACGGAGCAGGAUAGAGGAGUAGUUCAUGUGGAGUGACAUUUCCAGUCUCGGCGGUGUCAACGGCUUACAAAUCCUGUUAGCGCUUCAUUUGGUGCCCACUUUCUUGUCUUAUUCGCUAAACUGUUUUGAAUGGGGAGGAAAACGUUUGCUUUGUGUGCCUGUAGACUGUCAACAACUCAGCUGAAGGGGAGAUAGACCCCCUCUUUCUCCUCCGACGUCGGCUGCACUGUCACCACUGGGAGGUGAACAGGUGCCUUACCUGUGAGCUCCACCUGCCCCGUCCUUCCUCGGCAAUGGCGAGCGAGGAGGCAGCGGGUGAUGGACAGGACGGGAGACCGGGAGCCAUGGCGCUCAACCCGGGAGUGCCUAUCAGGGGGAUAAGGAUGAAAUUCGGCGUCCUGGCUGGCCUGGUGGAAGUUGGAGAAGUUUCUAACCGAGACAUUGUGGAGACGGUGUUCAACCUGUUGGUUGGCGGCCAGUUCGACUUAGAAAUGAACUUUAUCAUCCAGGAACCAGAGAGCAUUGUGUGCAUGGUGGAGCUGCUGGAUAAGUGCGAGCCAACAUGUCAGGCUGAGGUCUGGAGUAUCUUCACUGCCAUCCUUAAGAAGAGCGUGCGCAACCUGCAGGCAUGCACUGAAGUUGGACUCAUCCAGCUGGUGCUUGAUCGGAUAUCCACCACCGACAGCAUGAUCGCAGACCUUCUGGUGGACAUGUUGGGUGUGCUUGCCAGCUACAGCAUCACAGUGAAGGAACUGAAGCUAUUCUUCAGCAAGCUGCAGGGGGAAAAAGGCCAGUGGCCUCGUCAUGCUGUGAAGCUUUUGUCAGUUCUGAAGUACAUGGCUCACAGAAGCGGCCCCGACUCCUUCUUCAGCUUUCCAGGGAAAAAUGCAGCAGCUAUAGCUCUGCCUCCUAUAGCAAAAUGGCCCUACCAGAAUGGCUUUACAUUUCACACAUGGCUCCGCAUGGAUCCUCUCAACAACAUCAAUGUAGACAAAGACAAGCCUUACCUGUACUGUUUCCGCACCAGUAAAGGCCUGGGUUACUCUGCACACUUUGUGGGCGGCUGUUUGAUAGUGACCUCAUUAAAAUCCAAGGGGAAAGGAUUCCAGCACUGUGUAAAGUAUGACUUUAAACCACAGAAGUGGUACAUGGUGACUCUCGUUCACAUCUACAAUCGCUGGAAAAACAGUGAAAUUAGCUGCUAUGUGAACGGGGAACUGGCUUCCUUUGGGGACAUCGCCUGGUUUGUCAACACCAGUGACACAUUUGACAAGUGUUUCCUGGGAUCAUCUGAGACAGCAGAUGCCAACCGUGUGUUCUGUGGACAGAUGGGGGCCGUUUACUUGUUUGGAGAGGCUCUCAGUGCUGCUCAGAUUCUGGCCAUCUAUCAGCUGGGUCCAGGAUACCAGGGUACAUUCAAGUACAAGGCUGAGAGUGACCUGCUGUUUGCAGAGCAUCAUAAGACCUUACUUUAUGACGGCAAACUGUCCUCCAGCAUUGCCUUCGCUUACAACCCUCGCGCCACAGAUGCCCAGCUCUGCCUUGAAUCCUCCCCCAAAGAGAACGCCUCCAUUUUCGUCCACUCCCCCCAUGCUCUCAUGCUGCAGGAUGUGAAGGCCGUGGUGACUCAUUCGGUCCAGAGUGGCAUACACUCUAUCGGAGGCGUGCAGGUCCUCUUCCCUCUGUUUGCACAGCUGGAUUACUGCCAGCCCUCCAGCCAUGAGCUGGACACCUCUGUCUGCUGCACUUUGCUUUCCUUUGUGAUGGAGCUCUUAAAGAACUCUGUGGCUAUGCAAGAGCAGGUCCUGGCCUGCAAAGGCUUCCUGGUCAUUGGCUACACUCUGGAGAAGUCUUCCAAGGUGCACGUGACACGGCCCAUCCUGGACAUCGUGCUGGCCUUUUCCAGAUACCUUAGCAAUUUGCAGAACGGCAUCUUGCUGCUCAAGCAGCUGUGUGAUCACAUUCUGUUCAACCCUGCCAUCUGGAUCCAUGCCCCUGCCAAGGUGCAGCUAACGCUCUACACUUACCUGGCGACAGAGUUCAUCAGCACAGUGACCAUCUACAAUACCAUCCGCAGAGUGGGCACUGUGCUACAGGUCAUGCACACACUAAAAUACUAUUACUGGAUUGUGAACCCACAGGACCGCAGUGGAGUCGUGCCCAAAGGCAUCGAUGGUCCAAGGCCAAAUGAGAGGGAGCUGUUUCCCUUGCGAGCUUUUCUGUUGCUGUUUGUCAAGCAGCUCAUAAUGAAGGAUCAUGGAGUGAAAGAGGACGAGCUACAGAGUAUCCUCAACUACCUCCUUACCAUGCAUGAGGAUGAUAAUCUCAUGGACGUCCUGCAGUUGUUGGUAGCUCUGAUGUCUGAACAUCCAGGGUCUAUGGUUCAGGCCUUUGACCAGCGCAAUGGGAUCCGAGUGAUCUACAAGCUUUUGGCCUCAAAAAGUGAACCAAUCCGAGUGCAGGCACUCAAAGUAAUGGGCUACUUUCUAAAACACAUGACACCAAAGAGGAAAUCUGAGGUUAUGCUGAGUCAUGGCCUCUUCUCGCUGCUCACCGAACGCCUGAUGCUCCACUCCAGUCAGUUCACCAUGACGACCUACAACGUGCUCUUUGAGAUCCUUACAGAGCAGAUCUGCACUCAAGUGAUCCAUAAACAGCAUCCGGACCCCGACUCCACUGUGAAGAUUCUCAACCCACAAAUUCUGAAGGUAAUAGCUGCUCUGCUAAAGAAUUCCCCUCCGUCCGCUGAGAGCAUGGAGGUGCGCCGGGUCUUUCUGUCAGACAUGAUCAAACUGUUUAAUAACAGCAGAGAAAACCGCAGGAGCUUGCUGCAGUGCUCCGUGUGGCAGGAGUGGAUGCUCUCUUUGGGCUUCAUCAACCCCAGAAACAGCGAGGAGCAGAAAAUCACAGAGAUGGUGUACGCCAUCUUCCGCAUCCUGCUCUACCACGCCAUCAAAUAUGAGUGGGGCGGCUGGCGCGUCUGGGUGGACACUCUGUCCAUCACUCACUCUAAGGUCACCUUUGAGCAGCACAAAGAGAAUUUGUCCCGUAUGUUUCAUCAGUAUCAGCGUCAGGAGUCUGCCGGCUCUUUGAGAACCAUCUCUGGUGUCAGCCAAAGCUCAGAAACCAUGGAGAGUGUAAAUGGGCCACUCACAGAGGAGACACCCCCCUCUACUGUCAUUGAGCUCACAGUUGAGGAGACUUUCCGUAACCCCCCUGACUCAGCAUCUGGUUCUACCAUCACAUCCAGCCCACUGGAAGCUGCAGGUGAACCAGAACAGGCAUCCAUCACGGUGUCCAACAUCCUCGCCAGGGCUGAAGAAGAAGAGGAAGAGCAGAAGGCAGUUCAGGAGUCUUCCAAGGAUGACUCAGGCGUACUGAAAGAAGCUGAAGCCAGUGUGAUACAAGACAAUAAUGAAGAGGAGCAGAGCGAAGAGGCAAAUAAGGUGGAAUCAGUAGCUGAAGCUUCAAAAGAUGAGAGCACAGAGAAACUACAAACAUCAGAAAGUCAACAGCCUGAAACAGUCGAGGUGGUUGAAGAAUCUGCAGCGUCAUCUGUGAGAGAAGAUGGACAAACACCCCUAAUAGACGAUGACAAAUCUGAGAGUGAACCCUACAAAGGUGAAUCAUCAACCUCCAUGACAGAAGACUCUUUGAAUGAAACAGAUGUAGAGGUGCCUGUGGUUUCAGAACAAGAAGAUAACACUCAGACGUCUCUAGAGGCUGCAGUCUGUGCAGAGAACAGUGAGCAGGACAAGGCCUCUACCCUUGAAGAGGACCAGGUUGAGGUGCUGUCUGUUAGUAACCAGAUCCGCACUAGUGAUGCUGACAAUAGCCCAGAGGAGUCUACUGAUGCUUCUGCUGCUGCCGCAGCUGAAGGUGAUGGAGAGGUAGUGAAGAAGGAGGAGGAUAAACACGAAGAGAAGAAAGAAGAUCUGGAAGGACAGGAGAUGAAAACAGAAGAAGAAAAAGAUGAAAAACAGGAGGUUAGUGUACAAGAAAAAACUGAAGAAAGUGAAACUGAAGAGAGACAGGCAUCUCCUCAGACUGAGACUCCUACACAACGUGUGACAGAACCUGCAGAUGAAGAAGUUAAACCUGAGGAGUCUUCCACAACUGCAGAGGAGCAGCCUUCAGAUACUACAGUGCCCUCUACAGCACAGGAGGUAGCAGCAGCGUCAGACUCAACAAGCCAGCCUGUGGAGACCACGGGCACCAAUGAAGAAGAAAACCCUCCAUCUCCCACAGAUGGCAGCUCUGCUGUUGCCAAUGACUCUGCCACCCAGAGGAGUUCUGACUCUGUCAACAAAACCAAAGAAAUCAAAAUUGCGCGACUUGACGUGUCCAAUGUGGCCUUAGACACAGAGAGACUUGAACUAAAGGAGACUGCGACAACAGAAUCAAACCAAGGGCAGUCGGCAGCAGCAGCUGGAGGGUCCUCAGGCCCUCAGAGAGAAGGCGCGUCAGCCCCUCGAUCCACCAUGUUUCGUAUCCCAGAGUUCCGCUGGUCACACAUGCACCAACGCCUCCUCACUGACCUGCUCUUUUCCAUCGAGACAGAUGUCCAGAUGUGGAGGAGUCAUUCCACAAAGACAAUCUUGGACUUUGUGAACAGUAGCGAGAACGUGGUGUUUGUCCACAACAGCAUCCACCUCAUCUCCCAGGUGGUGGACAACCUCAUCAUGGCCUGUGGAGGCAUCUUACCUCUACUAUCUGCUGCCACAUCCUCCUCUCAUGAGUUGGAGAACAUUGAACCAUCCCAAGGUUUGCCAGUCGAAGCGUCGGUCACCUUCUUGCAGCGCCUCAUCAACCUGGUGGAUGUUCUCAUCUUUGCCAGCUCGCUCAACUUCACAGAGAUAGAAGCAGAAAAGAAUAUGUCGUCAGGAGGAAUCCUCCGGCAGUGCCUUCGCCUUGUGUGUGCUAUGGCUGUGAGAAACUGUCUGGAGUGUCAGCAAGCCCAAUUUAGGCAUGGUAAAGAUGCAGGACGCAGCUAUACAGCCAUGCCCAGUACUAUGCUUGGAACAGCCAAGUCUGCAUCUGCACAGAGUCCUGUGGAUGCUGUGACAGGUGGAAUGUCUCCAAUCAGAGACCUGGACCGACUCCUUCAGGACAUGGACAUCAACCGCCUCAGGGCUGUCGUCUUCAGAGAUAUUGACAGUAAGCAGGCCCAGUUUCUGGCUCUUGCCGUGGUCUACUUCAUCUCAGUGCUCAUGGUGUCAAAGUACCGCGACAUUCUGGAGCCCCACAACGACAAAAAACACCCUCAACGAUCGCAGUCUUCAAGGAGCACAGAUAGCGGUGCCAUUUCUGGAGGUCUAGAGGUAGAAAAUGGUGUCUCUCUCCGGCGCUACGAUUCUGGCAUCGGUGACGACCACACUUCCGCCGCCGCUAGCGAGGCAGACCUGUCAUCCUCUGGCAUGACUCAUGGUCCAGAUGCCAUCUCAGAGGCCUUGUCCACACUGUCCUCUGAGGUUAGACCUUCUCUGCCCACUGAUUCAAAGGGCAAGAACGUGAAGGACAUCCUGCGCAGCCUUGUGAGUGAUGAUGUCACUGUGGAUCCAGGUCUGCUGCCGCCAGCGUUUCUCGGGGUUGCUGGUGAUUCAGCGAGGGAAUCUCCACAAAUCAGCUCAUUUGAUAGAAGUGUCAUUGUUGCACCCAAGAAAGGCGGCAUGACACCAUCUCCAAGUACCUCCACCCCCGUCCCAGCAGCCACUGUAUCUGGCGGGACACCCAUCAACAGCGUAGCUGUGGUUUCUUCUAGUGACGCCUCCCAAGGAGCUUCUGCAGACUCUGCAUCAGGCGGCCAGGUUCCAGCCAGCGCUAGCCUGCCAUCUGUCCCCCCGCUCUCCCCUGUGACCCAGAACACAGCCCCCAAUAUGAGUAUCUCAGAGCGUCUGGAGCAUGCUCUGGAGAAGGCAGCUCCCCUGCUGAGAGAGAUCUUUGUGGACUUCGCCCCCUUCCUCUCUCGCACCCUCCUCGGCAGCCACGGACAAGAGCUCCUCAUCGAAGGCACAAGCCUGGUGUGUAUGAAGUCCAGCAGCUCAGUGGUAGAGCUCGUCAUGCUUCUGUGUUCACAGGAAUGGCAGAACUCCAUCCAGAAGAAUGCAGGCCUUGCCUUCAUCGAGCUGGUCAACGAAGGCAGGCUGCUGAGUCACACCAUGAAGGAUCAUCUGGUUCGUGUGGCUAAUGAAGCUGAGUUUAUCCUGAGCAGGCAGAGAGCUGAGGACAUCCAUAAACAUGCAGAGUUUGAGUCUAACUGUGCACAGUAUGCAGCAGAAAAGCGAGACGAGGAGAAAAUGUGUGACCACCUCAUCAGAGCAGCCAAAUACCGCGAUCAUGUGACAGCCACACAGCUCAUCCAAAAGAUCGUCAACAUCCUGACCGACAAACAUGGAGCCUGGGGAAGCUCUUCAAAGAGCCGGCCGAGGGAGUUCUGGCGCCUUGACUACUGGGAGGACGAUUUAAGGCGGCGACGUCGCUUCAUCAGGAACCCCUACGGAUCCACUCACUCAGAAGCCACGCUCAAAGCUGCGGCUGAACACGUGGCAGAUAUCAGCGCAUCCGAGGAGGAUAUCCUCAAAGGGAAGCAGUCCAUCAGGAGUCAGGCUCUGGGUAAUCAAAACUCUGAGAGCGAGACAUCACUGGACGGAGAUGAUGACACGCUGUCGUCCUUAGACGAGAAGGACCUGGAGAACUUAACAGGCCCAGUAAACCUGAGCACGAGCGCUCAGCUGGUGGCUCCGGCUGUGGUGGUGAAAGGCACCCUGUCCAUCACCGCCACCGAGCUCUACUUCGAGGUGGACGAAGAAGAGCCGGGCUUCAAGGCCAUCGAUCCAAAGAUUCUUGCCUACACAGAGGGACUUCAUGGAAAAUGGCUGUUCACCGAGAUCCGCGCCGUGUUUUCCAGACGUUACCUCCUGCAGAACACGGCUCUGGAAAUCUUCAUGGCCAACAGAACUGCAGUCAUGUUCAACUUCCCCGAUGCAGCCACAGUCAAGAAGGUGGUCCACAGUCUUCCUCGUGUUGGGGUCGGCACCAACUUUGGUCUUCCACAGACAAGGCGUAUCUCUUUGGCCACACCAAAGCAGCUUUUCAAGGCGUCCAACAUGACCCAGCGCUGGCAACGCCGUGAGAUAUCCAACUUUGAAUACCUCAUCUUCCUCAACACCAUUUCUGGUCGAACCUUUAAUGACCUAAACCAGUACCCAGUCUUCCCAUGGGUUAUCACCAACUACGACUCAGAAGAACUGGACCUCACACUGCCCAGCAACUUCAGAGAUCUGUCCAAGCCUAUCGGUGCUCUGAACCCCAAGAGAGCAGCAUUCUUCUCAGACCGAUAUGAAUCAUGGGAGGACGAUCAGGUGCCCAAGUUCCACUAUGGCACCCACUACUCCACCUCUAGCUUCACCCUGAUGUGGCUGCUGCGAAUUGAACCUUUCACCACAUUUUUCCUCAACUUCCAAGGUGGAAAGUUUGAUCACGCUGACCGCACUUUCUCCUCAGUGUCUCGGGCCUGGAGGAACUGCCAGAGAGACACCUCUGAUGUGAAGGAGCUGAUCCCAGAGUUCUUCUAUCUCCCGGAGAUGUUCGUCAAUGCCAACAGCUAUAACCUGGGAGUGAUGGAGGAUUGCACCGUAGUCUCUGAUGUGGAGCUGCCACCCUGGGCCAAGAGUCCUGAGGAGUUUGUGCGCAUCAAUCGCUUGGCCCUAGAGAGCGAGUUUGUGUCCUGCCAGCUCCACCAGUGGAUUGAUCUCAUCUUUGGCUACAAGCAGCAAGGACCUGAAGCCACCAGAGCUCUCAACGUUUUCUAUUAUCUGACUUAUGAGGGCGCAGUCAACCUGAGCUCCAUCAACGACCCCAUGCUCAGAGAGGCUGUGGAGUCUCAAAUCAGGAGUUUUGGACAGACCCCCUGCCAGUUGCUCAUCGAGCCACACCCACCGAGAAGCUCAGCCAUGCAAGUGACCCCCAUGAUGUUCACGGAGCAGAUGCAGCAGGAUGUCAUCAUGGUGCUGAAGUUCCCAUCUAACUCUCCCGUGACCCACGUAGCAGCAAACACCCAACCGGGUCUGACGUCGCCUGCCAUCAUCACUGUCACUGCAAACCGCCUCUUCGCUGUCAACAAGUGGCACGGCUUGACAGGUCAUCAGAGCUCAACGGUGCAGGACCAGCAGUACCAACUUCCUGUGGAAAUUGACCCUCUGAUAGCCAAUAAUGUGGGCAGUCAUCGUCGGCAGAUCUCAGACCUGCUAGAUCAGAGUAUCCAGAUCAGCUCACAGUGUUUCGUCAUCACUGCAGACAACCGCUUCAUCCUCCUGUGCGGGUUUUGGGACAAGAGCUUUCGGGUUUACUCCACUGACUCAGGCAAACUGACUCAGAUCGUGUUUGGCCAUCGUGACGUAGUGACGUGUCUGGCUCGCUCCGAGUCUUACAUCGGAGGAGACUGCUACGUCCUAUCAGGCUCCAGAGAUGCCACCUUGCUGCUGUGGUACUGGAACGGAAAGCACAACAGCAUCGGAGAAAGCCCUGGCACAGAGUUCACCACACCACGGGCCAUCCUCACUGGACACGACUGUGAGGUGACAUGUGCAAGUGUGUGUGCUGAGCUGGGUCUUGUCAUCAGUGGCUGCAAAGAUGGUCCUUGUCUGAUCCAUUCCAUGAAUGGGGACCUGCUGCGGACCCUUGAGGGCCCCGAGCGCUGCCUUCGCCCUCGCCUCAUCCAGUCAUCCACAGAGGGAAACUGCAUGAUCUACUAUGACAAGGGACAGUUCUGCCUUUUCAGUGUCAACGGCAAACUGCUGGGACACAUGGAGGUGGAGGACAGCAUCAAGGCAAUGCUCCUCAGCCGUGACGGUCAGUACCUGCUGACAGGUGGAGAUGGAGGCGUGGUUUCAGUCUGGCAGGUCCACAACCUUAAACAGCUAUUCACCUACCCAGGCUGUGAUGCAGGAAUCCGCUCCAUGGCUAUGUCACAUGACCAAAGGUGCAUCAUAACUGGUAUGGCGUCUGGAAGCAUCGUUCUCUUCUACAAUGACUUUAACCGAUGGCACCAUGAGUACCAGACCAGAUACUGACCUGAUCAGGUCCUGAUCUGAUCAAAUACUGACUUGAUCAGAUACUGACCUGAUCAGAUUCUAACAUGAUCAGAUCCUGACCUGAUCAGAUUCUAACAUGAUCAGAUCCUGACCUGAUCAGAUUCUGAUCAGACCAGAUAUUGACAUGAUCGGAUAGUGACUUGAUCAGUUACUGACCUGAUCAGAUUCUAACAUGAUCAGAUCCUGACCUGAUCAGAUUCUGACCAGACCAGAUAUUGACAUGAUCGGAUAGUGACUUGAUCAGUUACUGACCUGAUCAGAUUCUAACAUGAUCAGAUCCUGACCUGAUCAGAUUCUGACCAGACCAGAUGCUGACAAGAUCGGAUACUGACAUGAUCAAAUAUUGACCUGGUCAGAUACUGACGGAAGCACAGCAGCAACGUGACUGACAUCGACAUGAACUGACAAAAAGCUUAACUCUAUAAAGUGUGGACUCUUCUCAAAAGCACUAUGCUGUCUACAUCCUGAAUGUAUCUCCAUGAAAGAAGAAAACUAAUGUGUCCUGUUAUAGUAAAAACUAUUUUUAAAAAGGGCAUUGCUAUAUUUUGUAGAUCAGAUAGAAGAUUUUCAUAUCAAUCACAGGGUGGGGGUUACUGUUAUUGUACGGUUCAAAACAAAUCUAUUUUUAGCUGUAAGAGUCUAUUUUCACCUCCUCCGGGGAAAGAAAAGAGGGAUUUGUGGGGAGCUAGUGAUAAACCUUUUGACUUAAAAAUCCAAAUAUUUGUGUACUUUAGGCUGAGUGAUUUUUUUCUUUUCUUGUAGGUGUGUAUGUGGGGAAAUAAUUCUAAUUGUUGUUAAACUAUCAUUCUCUUGCUUUCUGGCCGGUAGGUUUGAAAUGUUUGAAUAAAUAAAAAUGUAUCAGAGAGAAGGAUAAACAAAGAGGGAAUAUACAUAUAUACAUAUAUAAAUAACUAUAUAUUAUGUUUAAAUGUAGUCAUCCGUAUUUAAAGUUUCCAUUCCCUCUGUACUUGCUAUGAGAUUGCAUUUCUGUGCAUGACUCAUAUAAAACAUAUCAGCACAGAAUUACUGCAUUAUCAUUUAAUUAUUUAAACAUCAAAAACAUGAUUUCAUACUUACUCUGUGAUGAUAAAAUGAGCUUUAAGCAGGGAAAACUGAUAUUGUUGCUUUUACAUUUCCCUCUUAAAUGACUGAAUAAGCAAACAGUAAAAACCUGUUUCCUGAACAUGAAAGAAAGAGGAAUAAAGACGCUAAAGAGUCACUAAAAAUAUGUCAUCGUAACUCUCGCCCAAACCAGCUUCUCAUCUUUGAGUCUUCUUUGAGUGCUGUCUCCAGAGCCGCUAACAGCAGAGUGAGAUGUGCAAUGAAAGGAAGCACUUUUCUCUAUAUCAGUCUUACAUUUUACUUUUUGUUUUUGUUUUUUUUUCAUCACAGAGGUUUAAAAUCACAGGAUGAGGGUUGUUGUUAAGAUGUGACCAGGUACUAAAAUAGCAAAGCGACACAUUUUCUUUUCUUUCAGUAAAAUGAACGUCCACUUGUAUCUUUGAUUUGAGGAGAACAUUCCUUUAAAGUUUGAUGAUGUGGUUUGAAUUUCCAGAUAUAAGAGAACUGCUGUUAUGUAUCAACCAAUAUUUUUGCAAUCAUUUUGGAGUGUUUUGUGUGCUGAGU